UCAUUUGUAGGAGCCGUCCCAGACUUUUAAAGCAGAUGGAGUUUCCUCUUCUCUUCCUGACAACAGAUCAGUGAUUCAGUCUCUUUCCAGUCUGUCCAAUGUAAAUCUGGACCCUUUACACGCGCCCCACAAAUAUUAGCGACCAUCAGGUGGCGCAAAGGAUAAGACGUGACGAAUUUGGAAAGAAUUAAGAGGUUUAUAUAUUUACAUCAUUAUCGAGCAGCUCCGCAUCGGCAUUUUAAAGCCGUCCUAUCCAUCACCAUCUUCAUUCCAGAGAGGCGUGCAUUUAUCAUUAAUGCAUCAGUCCUUCAAUGAUCGGUUCGGUUCGGUUCACUCAUCACCAUCAUCAUCAUCAUCAUCAUCAGAGACUUAAUGAGUUUGUCAGUGAUUAAAGAGCCUGGCUGCUGAUGAACUGGGCUGGACUCUGGCUUCACCGCUCUCCCCUUAAAAUGGAGUUUAUGAAGAGGAGACGGAGCAGGAAAUCUCAGAGCUUUAAACUGGUCAAUGAUGCAGGUUGCUAAUGAACAGCCUAUGCGACAGAUCUUACACAUGAAUUGGAUGAUGUAGACCAGAAUGACACUGAAGGAGAUGCCCUGGAUGCUUCUGAAACUGAAGCCUGGUUAGGUGAUGACGGGAUGGAGAUAAAGAAGCAAAUAACUGGCAUGAUGCGUCUGCUGAGUGAUAAAACCGGACGUGUGUACCAGCGGGUCGGAAGGGAAGGGGAGACGCUCAAACAAGAGCCGCAGGAAGAGGCUCUCAACCUGCCUGUGACGCACAGCCCGACCCCUGAACAUCUUCAGUACUGGAGCUCCGCUCUGACUCACGGGCAGUACAGCACCCGCUCCAAAACACAGAGGAUGCUGAACCACUCCAAAGCAAAUGACAUGGCCUUGCCCCCUCCGCCUGCUGCCAUGGCAACUGAGUCCAGCUGCUGUAUGUGUAAUUGUAAGAGCACCCUGCGGGCGAUUCUACUUGAGUUACGUACCAUGAGAAAACUCAUCCAGACUCAAAGAGGGGCUCAGGACAAACAGAGCUGCCAGAUCUUAGUUCCCUCAUCUCAUAACUCCAUCUCUAGGAGGAGAACCCGGAAGAAGAGGCCAGGUCAUAGAGUGACAGUUCUGACCACAUCCCCCAAAAAAGCCACACCUUUGUGCCCACCCACCGAGACUGAUGCUAUUACAGAAUCAGAUCAUAGAGAAAGGAUAUCCAAAGAGGACAGACCCUCUACACUGUUGACAUCUAUUCCAGAUCCCUUUCCCAGAUUACAGACCCCUCCAUCCCACUAUCACCUGACCAGAGGCCAAAGCACCACUGAGCCAGAGGUGCAGUUGGCGGAGGAUUAUGAUGUAUUUAUUUCUAAAGCACAGUUAGACUCUAUCUUACUGAACUACACCCGCUCCGGCAGUCUGCUAUUCAGAAAACUGGUGUGUGCAUUCUUUGACGAUGCCACGCUAGCUAAUUCACUGCCCAACGGCAAGAGAAAGAGAGGACUGAAUGAUACCAGGAAAGGACUGGAUCAGAACAUCGUAGGAGCCAUUAAAGCAUUCACAGAAAAGUAUUGCACUGCCAAUGGAAUUGAGAAGCUUCCGGGCCCCAGAGACUGGGUCCAGAUUCUGCAAGAUCAGAUUAAACUUGCCCGUCGACGCUUAAAAAGGGCAGAGACAGCUUCAGAUGGCCAAGAGAUCCUGAACAUAACUUCUGCAGACACGGCAGAGAAAUUUCCACAAACUCUUGAUAAAGUGGAAACUGUGAUACAAAACGGUGCUGCUUAUGAAAGAACAGACUGUCUAGUUGCCAUGGACACUGUCUGAGCAGAGAUUGUUAACAAAAUGCAACAUCUGACCCCACAAAGGAUAUUUUUUUCUUAUUUUAUUUGCCUAGACUAUACUUUGAAAUUCUCAUUGCCCUUUCCUCAUGAGGAACAAAAACUUUAUCACUGAUGUCAAAACUUUUUCACAGCUUACACACAGGACUCCAGUUCUGCUAUGUUACACUUUUGUAACAAAAGUACUUUCAUUUGAGUGUUUUAAAGUCCCUGAUGUCACCAGUCUUCUAUUUCUCAGCGUCAUCCAAAUACUUCACCAACAAAUAUCAACAGAAGA